AUGGCGACCGGUGGUGGACCUCUACCUUCUAAACGGGCGAAAAUCAUCUCCACUGAUCCAACAACGUCACCGGAAAAGGUCACAAUGAAAUACGCUACAGCUGGGAAUAUCAAAGUCUCCAACGGUAACAUGAUGACAAAUCACGAUUCCAUAUCCCCCCGAAAAGAUUCAAGAACUAACCAUUCAGCCAGCAAGAAUGCAUCGGGAUGUCCGAACCAGCCGAACAACCGUAAAACAUCUCAAAUGAGUUAUGAUACCCUCCACGUUGACGUGGACCUUGCCAACAGGCGCUUCAGCAGCGUGUCUCCGGGCAGGCGAUGUCUGUCCGACUCCAAACUGACAGUUGGGAAGCCGCAGAAAAACAUCCCUGUGUCCAGCAAUCACAAGAGGAAAAUUGAGUUUUCCACGUCUCCGAAGAGUGAGCGUGUUUCAUCUGCAAAGAGAAGGCGGUCUGACGGUGGAAGCAGUUGCAGCAGUUCUCCUGUGCUGCAGUUGCCGCAGAAGAACAGCAGCGGCAAACACAUUGAUUACAACCAAAAUAUCAAAGUGGUGAGUGAAUGCGCCUACGAGAGAACUAGUUCUUGUACGUGUAGUCCGGGCGAGAAGUACAAAUCCAUUCACAGUAUCGGCCACAGGAAGGCCUCUGCACAAAUUGCAACCCUGUCAGAGGCACUCCUCACUAGCCCGCAUAAGCUUGUGGCUCCGCAAGUCAACAGCACGAUGACAACAUUAAUGAGUCACAAACUGGAGCUGAGUAGUAGCGACACUGAGAUCAAAACUAUCUCCGAGGCUGCCCAGAAGGCGACCAGUACUUGUCCAAGGAACUUGCCGUAUUUUCCCGCACUGGAUAACAGCAGGCAGAAAGUGACUACGCCAAGCACCCCGGACAGUCUAUCUGAAGACAUCAGCGAUAGAUUCCUGAAGGUAGACAGCGACAUCCUCUUCAAGAAGGAGUCGACGAUCGAAAUUGUUGUGACUGACUGUGAUAAAGGCCUCAAGCAAUCAAAGAGCGAAGAGAACAUUGUAGACGGUGCUUUUUCCAACCCACUUAUGCCAAGAAACUCAGAGGAUCAGCCAAAUAAACAGGUAACUGCAGAGAAAGGUGAAGAUGAUUCAUCUGUAUUCACUGAAGAUUCCAGCACAACAGAAGACAGCAUCAUAAAAGAAGCAGAAAACUCCAAAAAGAAGUACGUUAAGAAAAAUUGGGAUAUCCAGCCAAGAGCUCCAAGGAAGCGACGGAUAGCAAGUCUAACGGCUGAAACAAAAGUACAUCUCCUGUAUGAAAAGGAUGACAUUGAUGUGCCAAGGAAGUCUGCUAGUGUCCGAAACAAAGCAUCCAAGAAAGAUGCAUCCAAGGGGAUCCUCCCCAGCCCAGGUAUGGCCAUGCAUGUCAUCGCUCCACCCACGCCCAACAAGUACGCCGAGUUAAGACCAUUCACAUUGUGUAAGCACCAGGCGCCCACGCAAACAGGUACUCCGAUGCCUUGCGCAGACUGCAGACAGCUCUACUAUUCAUUUACACUGAAGGAACAAGACAGACCGUUAAACUUAGUCCUCAACAAGACCUGUUCAUGUGCAGACGUUUCAUGCUCACAGUGUGCUGGCCAGUAUCAUUCGCCAUGUAUCACACCAGGCAGAACUACAAAUUUAAUGGACGGCAGUAGUCAGCCUCCUGUAGACUUGACCAACAGGAAAGUCGAGCACAACACAACUUUAGCAAUGCACUCACCCAUGUCGGCUCCGGUCAUCAGCCCGUCUAAGAGACCGACCCUCGUCCCAACCAGUAUGAGAAGGGCAACUGUGGAUACAGCGGAGUGCCAGAAACUGACAUCGUUCAUGAAGUCCCCGCUUAUGCUCAGGGUGUCUAGGCAUUCUACUGAUGGGAUUGAGAGUGAUGCCAACAUGCCUGUGCUGGUGGAGCAGCUCGACCUCUUACAAACAGGAGGAGUGAUUCCACCAUUACUCAACCCUCCGUGCUUGUUGCCGACCAACCAUCUCCCCAAGUCACGCAUUCCUAAGAAGAUACUCAAUCCAGCUAACCUUAAGCCGGUCAAAGCCGGCAGGAGAAAGUCCACAAAUGGCUGGAAGGGAGUCGGAGAGCCGGUACUCAAGCCUAUUAUUUUACUGAACGAUGCAGUACGUGAGUAUCGUUAUUGUUACGAUGCAAUCAGGCGUAAAGAGGAUGAGAUACGUGCUCAAGACUGUGUGCUACUGAGGGCGGGUACCAACCGCAGAAAGGAACCAGCUUAUGUCGCUAAGGUAGCCUUCUUGUGGGAAGAGCCGGAUACAGGUGAUCUAAUGAUGACGCUGUUGUGGUAUUAUCAGCCUGAGCACACAGAAGCAGGCAGAUUACCCUGUCACCUUGAGCAUGAGCUGUUUGCAUGCCGCCACUGGGAUGUGAACAGUGUGGCAUGUAUUGAAGACAGAUGCUUUGUACUCACACCAGCUGAGUAUUCAAGAUACCGGGCUAAGCUUCAGAGACAUAAGGAGGCCGUCAUUCCGGGUCGUCCCUGUGUGCCUGAACACCCUGCCAACUACCCAAGGACAUACCGCCUGCCCCCUGAUGAUGCCAGCCCGGCCAAUGUGUUCCUGUGCCGGCAGGUGUAUGACUUUCGCCAGAAGAGAGUACUCAAGAACCCGUCGUGAAGGGGUGUUGUGAGAGGUUGCCCGGGCUUCUGGACGCGAUGAAAAAGUGGAAGGGGUCGAGGUUAGGUUGGGUUCAAUAGUGAGAUCUUGUAGAUUGCAUGCAUGGUUGAUAUCCAUCAGAUAAUUCAUCAACGGAUUCUACAUGUAUGCUAGCCUUAAACUUAUCUCCCCUCUUCAAGUUUACACCUAUCCCCCCCCCCCCCCAAGAAAAGAGUAAAAAAUAAAAAUAAAAAGGAGAUAUCCCGCUAUCAGUAAAAAUAGUUACACAACAUACUCUAUUUUGUACAUGCACAGAUUUAGGCUGUAGGGCAGGAAGGAUGGACUGGUAGAUCAAACUCUACUCAUGUGCAGUGUGUACGGAUUGGGUUCCAGACGCCUAGAGACAAAACUAAGCUAUUAAAUAUACUCUAUUACUAGAAGUAGCAAAGGCAAGUGGUCAAUUGGAGUGAAGUUUCAUAAAGCUGUGAAGCACCAAAUAUUGCAUUGCAAAUAAGUUGAAAUCGAAAUAGCCGUAAAAGCGUGUUACCAAUCACAAACAUCAAAAGUAAUCAUGGCCUUUUGGCAGGGCAUCCAUUUUCUUUGCUUUGUGUAUCUGUGUGCUCAUCAGCUUCAUGAAAUAAGCCAUUUUAGAUUUGAAUAAUGUCUGGUACAAUGACUUCCGUAGUCACAAGCCACCAUAUACAAUAUUAAUUCACCAGACUAGAGAAUUUUUGUUAUAUCACAUACAUGUAGCAGCAUGGUUUCCGGCACAAGCUUAUUGGUUAUCAACAUAUGAUUUGAUGAAAACAAUUCUGACUGAAUGAGUAUGGCACAAUGGUACAAGGCUUUUGCCCAUCUAGAGGUAGCGUUACAAAAACAAUUGCCCGAACGGUGCAAUGUAACAGCACUGUCUUUGGUCUGGGAAAUCUAAUUUGAGUGACCAAUCAUGUCAUUGCACCAGACCAAAUCCAACUCGCAACAUGGCUGACCGUUUCUGGGUGGUUUACGACAGUAGUCAAAUUGCUUCCUAUACUUGCAAUAUAGACAUUCACAAGGUAGUUUCUUUUUUACGUAACUAUAAAUGCAGAAGUAAGUUUUUGAUUGACGUUAACGGUGUAUAUUUAUCAUCUUAUUCUCUAACUCAGGAUUGGCGAGUGCAAAGCAAUUCAAAAUAUCUUUUGAAGUGUUAUAUCAAUUUUUUUUUCUUCCAUAGAUUUCAUUUCCAUUGUAAUAUUUCUUUGAAAAAAAUCCUGCACAAAAUUAGCAAGUUAAUUGUAUAAAAUUGUCUUCAAAAACUCUGCACUGGAUUGCCAAAUCAUGAUUGUUACCAGGCUUUGAUUGCACUCUGUUAAUGCAAAACCAAAUGUGGAACUUGUUGAGUUCUGCCAAAGAGUGCAUUUCUGUUCUUUUUGUUUUGAAUUUUAUUGACUGCAUUUGAUGAGUUCCAUUUAGGAGAGCAUGUCAAGAUGACCAGUUGGUUGCUUAAAGGGUGAGGUGACAUAGUGUCUACUGCUAGUGUAAUGGGUUGACGAUUGGUCAAUCAAUCAAUCGUUCGUUCGUUCCUCGUUCGUUCAGUCGUUAGUUCGUCUGUUCGUUCGUCCGUUCGUUCGUUUGUUCAUACUUCACCACGUUGAGCCAGUCCCACAUAGCUACCAUGAACCUAUGCAGUUGGACCUCAUAACAAGUGCUAAUGGUGUCAUCUAUUUCACUCAUCGGUGAUCAGGAUUAGAAUUUUAUUUCUGUUUGGACGUUGUGAUUGUUUGGACCACAGGGGACUCUCUAAGCAGUACAUGCCGUUUUCUGGCAUGUACAUGUAGUGACCAGUACAACUCAAGGCUCAAUUAGUUUAACCCUUUCAACUUGUUUGAUAUUGGUCACUGGUGACCAAUAUGAUAAAUAAAGAAGUAUCAAAUUGAAAAAUGGCAGCAAUGUAAAAUUGCCUAAAGGGGUUAAGGAGCUUAUCAAGUAAAGGAGAUACUGGCUUGACAAGAUUUAAAGAUUAAAAAGGAGCUGGGGUGGUUGGGUUUUUUUUUUCCUCUUUUUUUUUAUCUUCUUGUUCUUGUUUCACAUUGUCUAACCACCCAGUCCUACACAAUGAAGCAGUAUUAGGACUUAUCGUUACAGAGCUACUUGGUUGGAAAUUAAUUUAGAAAAAUAUGUAUAUAUUUUUUAUCAUCUGAUCAAACUUCCUGAUUAUAUACAGAUACGCGUGUAAUACAAUGAACCAGUUUUUUUGACUGAAGGAAAAAAAUAUAUAUGUGCAACACAAAAUCCAGCAAAAGAGGGAAAGAUGACUAACGUCUAAAUGGUGGUUGUUUUGUUGUUCGUUUUGUUAUUUCAUUUUAAUCUGAAGAUAUGAUUUGCAGGUGUCGUUGACAUGUCUGAAAUAGAUGGUACCCUUUUUUGCUUUGUGUUUGAAAUACUAUUAUUAGAAGAAAGAUACGUUAUUUAUAAAUAAUUUGUGGUGUUUUUUUGACGUUUGUUUUUUGUUUCCCCCCAGAGUGAAUGUAAAUAAUGUAAGAUUACAAAGUCAACUGACAUUUUAUUCCCAACUUGAGUGAUAUAUUAUGUAUAUUUAUAUAUUUUUUUCCUCUGGCGAAGUGUGCAUUAGAACUAAUUUCACUGAGAAGUAGUGAGCCUUAGACAGUAUGCUUGGGUUGAUUAACCAAAAUGCUGGUGUUGCCCGUCUGUACAAAUUAAAAUAAAAAAAUAAAAAAAUCUAUAUUAUCUUUAUCACCUAAACAAAUGUACAGCGUGUUUGAUGAAAUGAUUUUAAUGAAAGCAAUCAAGGAAUGGAGUGAAGCAGAUUUUAAAUGCAGGGUAUAGAGGAUAGGUAGUGACAAAAAUGGUCAAGAUUUAUUUGUAUGAGAUGUAUAUCCCUUCUUAGUUAUGCACGUAUCAUAAGUACUCUUUCAACUCUUUAGUUUACAGGCAGUGGACACUAUUGGUAAUUAUUCAAAAUAAUUAUUAGCAUAA